UUCCCUCUCUCUCCCAUCCCUCACACUCCAACCAAAGCUCUCUCUUUUUCAUCUCAACAAGAAAUUUGCAUAGCCCAUGAAGGCUGCACUGCUUGAGAAAUCACCACCCAAAGAAGAGGAAGGUGGUGAAGGGGGCGGGGGAGAAAGGAUUCAUGAAGACAGAGGUAAGGAAACAGUAGUCAAUGGAUUCCAUGGCCACUUGGAGCUAAGGCUUGGUUUCUCCUUGAACAAUGGGUUUGAAGGUGGUGAAGGGAAGGAUGGUGGUCCAAGCCCGACGUUCCGAGCACCUCAAGAUGGGCAUGUGACUCACCAGAGGAGUGGUGUUGGGAUUGGAGGGACCAAGAGAUGUUUCUCCGAGACCACAAGUGGCUUUGUCCACCCUUGGAGUCUGGCAGCCCGGCAAGAGAAAGCCGCUCUCGAGCAAGCCCAUAAAAAGACCAACCCACCUUCUACCGUCCUAAGGGGCACAAAUCCUUCACCAUCGGUUGUGGGCUGGCCUCCGAUCCGCGCAUUUAGGAGGAACUUGGGGCUUCCACAAGCAUCAAAGUCAACAAUGGAUUCGGCAAAAGAUAUGGAGAAAAUGAAACCAGAAGAGGGAGAGAACCCGGGCAACGAGCCAGUAGCAAGGCAAACAAUGUUUGUGAAGGUGAAUAUGGAAGGAUAUGCAGUUGGAAGGAAAAUUGACUUGAAGGUUCAUGAUAGCUAUGAAUCACUCUCACAAGCCCUCCAAAAGAUGUUUCAUAACUUUUUGACUGCUGAUUACUCGAAGAAAUCAAAAGAAGAUGGAGAAGAAGAGGUUGUUACUCCUAGUUAUAUUCUUCUUUAUGAGGACAAUGAAGGAGAUCGAAUGCUUGUGGGCGAUGUACCUUGGGAGAUGUUCAUCAGUACAGUGAAAAGGCUAUAUAUUGCACAAGAUCCAAGAACACAAAAAUGUGGUUGACUACAUUUGAACCUUCUGGAGAAAGCAACUAAAGAGGGAUUGACUUGUCCGAUCAAAGAGACCAAGGAGAAGUUGCUGAUGGAAUUAGUUGAUAAGGAGAACUUGUAUCUUAUGCAGUAUUUCCUACCUCUAGGCGGUUGAUUACAAGAGAACAGUGAUAAUAGAGUUUACAAUUGAUUGUGAUGUUAAUGUAAGAUAAUUUCUUAUGUCAUGGCAGUGUAAGUUAUAUGGCUUUUCAAUGGAGAGUAACUAAAAGAACCAUGAGGUAAUGUUUUGGAA